AGGGUCGGUGUCUUCUGGCAAUAUAAUUCACAUUCCUAGACAUCACACUAGUAGCGCUAUUUAUAUAUAUAUAUAUAUCAGUGUCGUUCAAUCGAAUGCGUCCACUGUUUAUGAUGAGGCGAGAAAUGGCGUCCACAGAGCCCGUCGGUGGUAUGUGGUCCUAAACACAACGGACAGCCACACGGCUCUCUCGGUGGCCGCACAGUUGCGGGCUACCAGUGGACAGGGCGAGCGGCCGACUUUAGUUACGAGUUUCUUGGACCAUUUGUCUUCCAUGUAACGUGUAGGAUGAUGAGGCUGAGAGUACGGAAGGCUUCUCAGCAGCCCAAACCCAGCCCCGGCCGUCCAGCCUCAGAACCCCGCCCAGCUCAGGCCAAGAGAAAACACUGCGAGGUGGCGUCCCCGUCCAGGAGAGGCCUCAGGAUGCAGAAGACUGGCCUGUUCUCCACCAUCAAGAAGUUCAUCAGAGGAAAUGCUGUCAAGGUAGAGCAAGACAUCCCAGCUAAGAGGAGUCGUAUUGAUUGUAAAGUGGACAACAGCAACCUGAUCACGUCUUCUCCUCACCCACCAACCAAAGCCAUCGCCAGGGGCUGCAGAAGAGGUGCUAACAAACCUGAACCAAUGACGUGUGACAGUAAGCCCCUGAAGCCCAACGGUAAACUGGAGGUCCCCGUGGAGGUGGCGAGCAGUCCACCUCGCACCACUCUCCUGGGGACCAUCUUCUCUCCCGUCUUCAACUUCUUCUCUCCUGCUACCAAGACGGCCACUCCUGAGUCUGGCUCCCCCGGGCAGGGGGGGUCGGAGGCUGAGGAGAUGAAGAAGCAGCCGGAGAAGGAGACGGUGGUGGAGGAGAUGCCCACCAGUACCCCUGCAUCUACAGGGGGCGUCGUCCUGUCCUCUGUUGCCCCAGCUCCAUUAGUACCGCCACCACCACAGGCUCCUCUGGCUACCCCAGAACCAUCCGUCGAAGGAGGGGAGAUGGCUACAGAUAUUCCCCCUCUAACAGCUCCGGGCUGCAUUCCAGUCAGCUGUUACCCCCACGUCUCUCCCACGGCCCCUGCAGAGGGCACCUACGAGGAAGACUGGGAAGUCUUUGAUCCGUACUUCUUCAUCAAGCACGUGCCUCCGUUGACAGAGGAGCAGAUAGCCAGGAAACCAGCACUGCCCCUUAAAACACGCAGCACACCAGAGUUCUCCCUAGUUCUAGAUCUGGACGAGACGUUGGUGCACUGUAGUCUGAAUGAGUUGGACGACGCAGGCCUGACCUUCCCUGUCCUUUUCCAAGACGUCAUCUAUCAGGUGUACGUGCGGUUGAGGCCGUUUUUCAGAGAGUUCCUGGAGCGCAUGUCUCAAAUUUACGAGAUCAUUCUGUUCACUGCCUCUAAGAAGGUGUAUGCAGACAAGCUGCUCAACAUCCUGGACCCCAAGAAACAGUUGGUCAGACAUCGGUUGUUCCGUGAGCACUGUGUAUGUGUUCAAGGAAACUACAUCAAGGACUUAAACAUUCUGGGAAGAGAUCUUUCUAAGACUGUAAUAAUAGACAAUUCACCUCAAGCCUUCGCCUAUCAGCUUUCCAAUGGGAUUCCCAUCGAGAGCUGGUUCAUGGACAGGAAUGAUACCGAGCUCCUCAAGCUGGUUCCUUUCUUAGAGAAGCUGGUGGAGAUGAAUGAGGACGUAAGGCCUUACGUCAGACAGCAGUUUCGUCUUCACGACCUACUUCCUCCAGACUGAUCCGUGAUUGGCUGACCCAGCAGGCUAACCCAUAGAAGUAGAAUGUGUACAUUAUUCAUUCUGAUUCUACGGGCUAAACCUCCCAGCACACGGAGAGGGAUGCCUUCCGUUCAACGCGGUUGGAGAUGACGAGAAUCAACUUCAACUGAUUCUGAGGAUGUCGUCCAAGUGGAGAUCUGUCUACAGCAUUGCCGUUACCAACGAGAAUUUGUUCAACAAAAUAACAUUUUACAGAGGGAAAUUUGUAUUUAAACAACUACAAAACAAAUAUUUUGAAGCUAUGUAUAUGUUUUGUAUACUCAAACUAAGCUGUUAUAUUGCAACUCAACUAAACUGUACACCCCCCCCCCCCAAGAGUAUAGCAGUCCCCUUGUAUUACGAAAGGCAUCUGUCUGGACAGACCUCAAGUCUAUGCUCAAAAGCAGGGUUGUGUUCAUUAGGGUGCGAACGUUACAAAACAUUUAGCAACGGCGAACGAAAAUGUGCUUUUCUCAUUGGACAACUCCAGGUAGAACAUCCUCCAUUUCAGGAACGUUUUCUUGGGUUUUGGUGCCUAAUGAACACGAUCCUGGCGACUUUCUGUGAGAUGUUUUCUCAUCCGCAGCUUCAGUUUUGGACUGACGGAACUGAAUGGCGGUAUUUGAUUGUGUGAGGACCUGACUGCUCAAGACUCAUUUUAACAGGAAUGGCAGUCAAACCUGUAUAAUAUACAAACGUAAUUACAUGUGUAUAUAUGACAUGUAUAUAUCUUUUCUUUUUUUUCAUGGUUUUUAAAAACAUUUUUUUUUUUUUUUUUUGCUUCUGAUUUUCUUUUAGCUGACUGUUUUCUUUUACUAUUUUAGUAAAAAAAAAAAAAUGUUUUCACCUUUUUAAAAAAAUAUAUAUUUUUUGUUGUUUGUUUUUGAAGUUGACGCUACACAGCUGCUGUUGUCUUCCUGCAAUAUAUGCAUCCCAAAUGGCACCUUAUUCCCUACUGUAUAAAGUGCCCUUCUUUUGAGCAGAGCCCUAUGAGCACUGGUCUAAAGUAGUGCACUAUAUAGGGAAUAAGGAGCAUUCUUUAUUUUCUAGUCUGCUUUUUAGUCCCAUUAACUACUGUUAUGUGGUCUCUGUAACAGGUUUUUAAAAAAUAUCUUUGGGAGGAAAUGUUUAUGAAAUCAUGAUGGGUUUUUUAAGGUUAUGUAAAUGUAUUAUAGUGUUUUAACUUGAAGACCCUUCAACAAGCUGGCCUGGAUAUUAAUUUAGAUCAUGUAUAUUUGAGAUUUCACCCCUGAAAGAUGUUGAAAUGAUCCUUAGCUGCUCUGUGUCUGGGUGGUGAUGGGAUGGAAGGCUUCAGAGCUCUCCUGCACUUUUUGUUUAAAAGAAAAAAAAACUUUAGCAUCCAGCCCUAUGUAAAAUCUUGUCAAUUUUGUACACACGUUAUCACCUCUAAAUUGUGAAUGCCCGUACAAUUUUGAAAUUGUAGCACCAGCAAAAUGGCCAACAUUUUGUUUUAUUUUUUAAAUCUUGUUUUCAAUGCUGUUCAUAGUCUUGUCUGUGAAAUAUCUUUUAUGUAGGAGUCACACAUUUUUAAAGAAAUAAAUAAAAAAAGACUCUGUUGUCAUUGACCGUCUUGGACGGUCACACCUGUUGUACUCAGUGUUACUUCAUGGUUUCCUUGAUCAUAAAUACAUUUUUAUACAAAUAAUGAAAA